AUGCUGAAAGUCUCUGGCACAAUGAAGACUUUCCUCUUAACUCUACUUGGCAUAGCAGCUGUGUGUGCUUUCUCCGUACAGAAGCACGACGUUCUCGAACAACUUCGCAAUCGGGUUAUUACCAGAGAGGCAGAAAGCUUAACUGGUCAAGGACUUGCUGAUUAUGUUAACAAGAAUCAAGCUUUCUUUAAGGCAUCGCCAUCGAAGUUUAGCCCUGAAGCAAUGAAGGCAAAACUCAUGGACGUUAAAUAUCUGGAAGAGCCUGAACACGAAGCAGAGCUCGCAUCGCCAUCGAAGUUUAGUUCUGAGGCGAUGAAGGCAAAGCUCAUGGACGUUAAAUAUCUGGUAGAGCCUGAACACGAAGCAGAGCUCGUCAUUGACGCUACCAUCCCUGACAGUUUUGACUCUCGUGAGCAGUGGCCAACUUGCAAAUCAAUCUCUACAAUUCGUGAUCAGUCGGACUGCGGUAACUUAGUUCUUAGAAAGAUCUGGAUGCCAUUGUCACCAGAUACC